AUGAUGAAUUCCUCGCAGCUCCUGAUCUUCUCUGCUCCAGCGGCUAACUCAACAGUUGGCCUUUCUCAUUGGAGCUCACAGGAGACGGGAAUGCGAUCUUCCUUGCAGAGCAACCUCGGCACCAUUCUUGCGUGCAUCCUGUCCUUCCUGGCCGCCGCCGUCUCCAACGCCGGCGGCGUCGGGGGCAGGUCGCUGUACGUCCCGAUCCAGAACAUCGUGCUGGGGCUGAGCCUCAAGACGGCAUCGGAGGAGGCCUGCUUCUUAACCCUGUGCUCCUCCAAAUUGGAGUUCCCCCAACAUUUUGUUCAGACGGCGGCGGCGACGACCAUGUUCAUGGUGCUCUUCUGCGCCUCCAUGUCCAUGGUCCAGUUCAUCAUCCUGGGCGUCGACGGGAUCGCCAGCGCUCUCCUCUACGCGGCCACUUGCUUCAUCGCUUCCAUCGUCGGGCUGGUCGGAAUACAGGGCGCCAUAAGGAGGUCCGGCAGGGCUUCGCUGAUCGUGUUCAUGGUGGCCGGCAUCUUGGCCCUCAGCGCCAUUGUCAUCGCCUGCUCGGGAGUCGUCCGUGUCUGGGAGGAGUACAUGAGCGGGCAGUACAUGGGAUUUAAGCUGCCCUGCUGA